UCGACCACAUAUUAAUUAUAACGUAUAUGAAUCGAAUCAUUGACAGAUAAAUAAUUUCAGCCAAGAAUUGACCCCACGAGUUCCAAUAAAUAACGACCCUUUGCGAGGGUUAAAGCCACAACACAAUAUUUGUUCAAAGUCUAAAAAAGAUUAUUGAUACUUAUCUUCUCUCCUGAAAUAACCUCAUAGUGUCGACAUGGCUUGCCAAAACAAUCUCGUUGUGAAGCAAAUCGUCGACUUAUACGAUCAAAUCUCAAAGCUCGUGAGCUUAAAACCUUCCAAAAAUGUCGACACUUUGUUCGGACAACUCGUGUCCACGUGCUUACCCACGGAUACAAACAUCGAUGUCACAAAUAUGUGUGAAGAAGUCAAAUACAUGAGAUCUAAUCUCAUCAAGCUUUGUGGUGAAGCCGAAGGUUAUUUAGAGCAACACUUCUCCACAAUUUUGGGAUCUUUACAAGAAGACCAAAACCCACUUGACCAUUUACACAUCUUUCCUUACUACACCAACUACCUCAAGCUAGGCAAGCUCGAGUUCGAUCUCCUGAGUCAACACUCAAGCCAUGUCCCCACCAAGAUUGCCUUCGUGGGUUCGGGUCCGAUGCCUCUCACAUCCAUCGUCUUGGCCAAGUUUCACCUCCCGAACACGACCUUCCACAACUUCGACAUCGACUCACACGCAAACACACUCGCUUCAAACCUAGUCUCUCGCGACCCGGACCUCUCAAAACGCAUGAUCUUCCACACAACGGACGUACUAAACGCUACCGAAGGCCUUGACCAAUAUGACGUCGUUUUCUUGGCGGCUCUUGUUGGGAUGGACAAAGAGUCAAAGGUCAAAGCCAUUGAGCACUUGGAGAAACACAUGGCUCCUGGAGCUGUCCUUAUGCUAAGGAGUGCUCAUGCUCUCAGAGCUUUCUUAUAUCCCAUCGUUGACUCUUCUGAUCUCAAAGGCUUUCAGCUCUUGACCAUCUAUCAUCCAACCGAUGAUGUGGUUAACUCGGUUGUGAUCGCACGUAAGCUCGGUGGUUCGACCACGACCGGGGUUAAUGGUACUCGUGGCUGCAUGUUUAUGCCUUGUAACUGCUCCAAGAUCCACGCGAUCAUGAACAACCGUGGUAAGAAGAAUAUAAUCGAGGAGUUUAGUGCCAUCGAGUAAGCAAAUAAUUAAUUGUAUUAACACAUCUCUUUUCUUAAGAUUGUGUUCAUGUUUUUUGUCUUAUAAUAACUGCUCUUUUCGUUUCAUGUCUUUUGUGUGUUUGUAACGUGUGUGGCUACUUUUGUUAAGUAUAAGUUUGUGAAUUUAGAGUUCUUUGAUCUCGUUUUGUACGAAGAUACAGAACCCUUUGCUUGUUGUACUAUCAAUACAAAAUAAAAUAAAAAAGCAUAUCUUGAGAAUCCA